UCGAUCGAGAAAUCGUUUCUCAUCAGAGAAAUCGAAAUCCAGAGAUGCUUCGAUUGAGCAAUGGGAUAAUCGCGGCGGUGAAUGUGGUGAUGCUGUUGGUGGCGUGCACGGCGCUCGGAUACUCGCUGUGGCUCAACCAGAGGUCGAAAUCGCAGUGCGAGAAGACGCUGCGGACGCCGCUGCUGGUGGCGUCCGCCGCCUUGGUGGCGGUGUCGGCGGCGGGGGUAAUCGGCGCGUGCUGCAGCGUCUCCUUCUUCAUGUGGUUGUACCUGGUGAUGGUGUUCGCGCUGAUCGUCGGACUGACGGCGUUCACGAUCUUCGGAGUGAUUGUAACGCACGGGAGGAUCGGCGGUGCGGCGGCGGACCACCGGUCGUGGUGGCUCCGGCGGCAGGUGAUGAAUGAGGAGAAUUGGGAGACUAUAAGGGCGUGUUUGGAGCGAGUGAAUUUGUGCGGCGGAGUUGAAGGAGGGAAGAGUGAGGAGUAUUACCACCUUCAUUUGUCGCCACUACAGGUGGGGUGUUGCACUCCCCCGAGCAGCGAGUGCCCGAGAGCAAACACAAGCCGGCCAAUGCAGGAAGUUAAAGAGCCCGACUGCGCGGUGUGGAGCAAGAACACGGCGCAGAGGUGCCUGAGAUGCGAAAAGUGCAAGGCAGCCGUUUUGGAGCGGGUUAGGAGCAAAUGGCGGACGCUGGCGGCCAUCAACGCCUGCGCGGUGGCCAUGGUGAGCUUAGUGUAUUUCAUCAGCUGCUGUGCAAUGAGGAACAUACAGAAACACAGCUACACCAGAAAAUGAAAUGUACCAAGUAUGAGGUCUAGUUACCUUGAUAACCUCGAAGGCUGAAGGAGAUGGCAGAAAAUAUUGGAGGAAUUAAGAAGUACACGAUGACUAAUGCACCACCG